AUGGUUUAUAUUCGACGUGUGUCGCACGCGCUCCUCUCUUUGGGGUUGCUGCUGUCCGCAAACCAGCUAGCUGGCGCUGCCUCAGUCAGGUCACCCGGACGUGAUCAACAGGAGCCCCCGGCGUCUUGUCGAGAGCGAGACAACCUCAACUCCGGAUGGCGGUUCUGGCGCUCCGAGACAAACCCGGAUGGGCUCAUAUACGACCAGCGCCCAGACCUCGCCAAUCUCACGGACGCCACUACGCUUAAGUCAUGGAUUCUGCCCUCAGCCAACAGGUUUAUCAGGGAUCCGACAAAGCAUCACCAACGCCCUAAAGGCCACCCGGGCAGCGAAGUCCCCUAUGUGCAAAACCACUUCGAUGACAGCAAUUGGGAAGACGUCACCCUGCCGCAUGACUGGGCUAUCAAGGGUCCUUUUUACACCGAGCCCGACGAUGUGGCCAUCAUCGACAGCCGAAUGGGCCGUUUGCCCGUCCACGGCGUGGGUUGGUACCGCCGCAAGCUGCACGUGUCGCACGAGGACAAGGGCAAGAAGCUCUAUCUCGAGAUCGACGGUUCCAUGUCUUACACUAUGGUCUGGCUCAACGGCGAGCUGGUGGGCGGGUGGCCGUUCGGCUACAAUUCGUUUCGCCUGGAUCUGACUCCGUACGUCGAGCUGGGCAAGGAAAAUCAGCUCGCCAUCCGUCUCGACAAUCCUCGACUGUCGUCGCGGUGGUACCCCGGCGGCGGCAUCUACCGUAGCGUGUGGCUCAGCAAGGUCGCAACGACGCACGUUGGCCAAUACGGCACCUUCAUCACGACCAAGGACGUGUCCACCAAGUUGGCGACUCUAGACCUUGUGGUCGAAGUGGAGAACGAUGCAAAGGAAGCGACGGAGGUCCAAGUGGAAACUUCUGUGCACGUGUAUGAUGCGAAAAAGGGGCAGCCCGACAAGAAGGUGGCUGACUUCCCGCGUGCGACGGUGAAGGUCGACGCAGAUGGAAAGAAAGCCACCAGAAAGUCCGUCAAGAUCAAGCAUCCGAAGCUCUGGGGCCCGCCGCCUACGCAAACCCCUAAUCUCUAUGCUGCCGUCACUAAGAUAUACAAUACCCAUGGCAAGGAAAUUGACAGCUACACGACACAAUUCGGCAUUCGCAGCGUUGAAUUUACCUCUGAUGACGGCUUACUUGUCAACGGCGAGCGUAUCCAGUUCCAGGGUGUCAAUGAGCACCAUGAUCUAGGGUCUAUCGGAGCCGCCUUCAAUCUGAGGGCCGCGACACGGAAGCUCGACGCGCUGAAGGAGAUGGGCGUCAACUCGAUCCGCAUGUCGCACAAUCCUCCCGCCACUGAGCUGCUCGAGUUGACUGACAAGAUGGGCUUCCUGGUCAUUGACGAGAUUUUUGACUGUUGGAAAACCGCCAAGAGAGACAAUGACUACCAUCUCGUCUGGGACGACUGGCACGAGCCUGACCUGCGGGCAUUCAUCCGACGCGACCGCAAUCAUCCCUCCAUCAUCAUCUGGAGCUUCGGCAACGAGGUCCGUGAGCAACGGAAUGACUCCACUGCUCCUCUGGUCUACCCAUUGAAGAACAUAAUCCUCGAGGAGGACACAACACGCCCGGCCACGGUGUCCCUGAGCCACGUCAGGCCGGGGACGCCAGGAGCCGCACUCAUGGACGCCUCGGACAUCCUGAGCGUCAACUACCAGGGCGCUGGCAUCUCUGACGGGCCAAACUACGUCCAAGUGAGAGACAACGCCUCCUACACUCCUCCCGCCUAUCCUCUCUUCCACAAGGUGUACCCCGGCAAGCUCCUCGUCGGCAGCGAGACGGCUUCGUCUGUCAGCUCCCGGGGCACGUACAUCUUCCCCGUGACCCUUGAAAGCGCUCCAGUCAACGAGACCUCUGGAGGUAACGCGACGCUGGGCCAUGUCAGCGCCUAUGAGCUGUACACGUCCGAUGCAGGGUCCAGCCCUGACAAGGUUUUCGCGUCAGAGAGAGCGAGCCCGUUCGUUUCGGGCGGGCUUGUCUGGACAGGUUGGGACUACCUCGGGGAGCCAACACCCUACAACACCUCUCGGAGCAGCUACUUUGGCAUCAUCGACAUGGCGGGCUUCAAGAAGGACCGGUUUUUUAUGUACCAGUCACAAUGGCGUCCAGACCUGCCCAUGGCGCACCUCCUGCCGCACUGGACGUGGCCGGACCGCGAGGGCAAAGUGACGCCAGUCCAUGUCUUCACGUCGGGCGACGAGGCGGAGCUGUUCCUCAACAAGAAGUCGCUGGGGCGCAAGAAAAAAGGCGACCAGUACCGCCUCCGCUGGGAUGACGUCAAGUAUGCGCCGGGCGAGCUGCACGUGGUGGCGUACAAGGGUGGCAAGAAAUGGGCCGAGGACACGGUGCGGACGGCGGGCGAAGCAGCCGCGGUGCGUCUGACGGCGGAUCGCACCGAGAUUGACGCUGACGGUUACGACUUGUCCUUCAUCUCGGCCGAGGUGGUGGACAAGAAUGGCAACGUGGUACCCGAGGCAAGCCAUACCAUCCGCUUCUCUCAGAACGGCCCUGGCGAGAUCAUCGCAACGGACAAUGGAAAUGCGGCGAGCCUAGUGUCGUUUGCUUCCUUGGAGAAGAAGGCCUUUAGUGGCAAGGCGCUGGCGAUUGUGCGGUCCACGAGGGACGGCAAGGGAGCCAAGGGUGGGAAGAUCACUGUCUCUGCUGAGGUUGACGGCCUUAAGGAGAGCAAGGUCACAGUGAGGGCGAAUUAA